UCUAAUUCUCUAAAGCACUAAGCCAGACACUGAUACACAUUAGAACAACUAAAGAAAGGAGAUGGUGGCUUUGGCUCACGACGGAGCGUUCAUGACCGGAAUGAGAAUGAAGGAAGACAUGGAGAAGAUGGUGGCGGUAGGGCUCGUGUGGGGAGCCACCAACGCUCUGAUCCGCCGUGGCGCCCUCGCCUGGGAUAAGCGAUCUUCGACAACAGAGUCUUCUCCUCCUCUUCAGAUCCAAUCGAAUCUCCGCCGGAAAAUCCUGGCUGCUCUCCGCGACUGGAUCAAUCUCCUUCUCUUCUGGCAACACUCCGUUCCUUUCCUGAUAAACCUCUCGGCCUCCGCCACAUUCUUCGCCCUCCUCAGCCAUGCCCCGAUCUCUAUAGCAGUUCCGGUCACGAACGCCACGACCUUUGCCGCGACCGCCGCGUUCGGGAUUCUUUUGGGGGAAGAAACUCAAAUCGGACCUGCUUUGUUAGGUACGACUUUUAUUGUAUUUGGAAUUUGGCUAUGCGUUGGCCACUAAUUAGCACCCUAUUACUCAUCUCUGUGAUUGGAACAUAGGAGCGUGAGAUUCCGUUUCUUGAGAAUUUGGUUCAUUCUUGUUUGUAGCAGAGAUAACGAGUUCUUAAGGAAAAUUUGAGGUUUGAUACAGAAUAUAUAAAGCCAUGUUGAUAGUAAACGAUUCUUGAUACAGAAUAGG